GUGUAAAAGACUUGUUAAAAUUUUCAAUUGUGAAAAGCAUCAAAUUGGCUGGCGCUACCAAACGACCGGUACUCGUACCAAACGUUAAAUUCAUUCAAUUUUAUAGCAAAAUAGUGAAAUGAAUGUUCCUCCUAGCGCUGGCAAUGGCAAUUCAGCAAUGCCGAUGCCGCCAUCAGCAGCGAUGGGCGGCAUGGGAUACACGCCGGGUAUGGUGCCUGUGCCGCCAUUCAAUCUGCCGCCGCCAGUCUUUGGUGCACCGCCGCCACCCGAACUGGCAGCUGCAUUUGGUGCCCUCGCCUCCAAUACGGAGUGGACAGAGCACAAAGCGCCGGACGGACGACCGUAUUACUAUAAUCAAAACACAAAGCAAAGUUCGUGGGAAAAGCCAGAGGCACUAAUGACGCCCGCCGAGCUGCUUCACAAUCAAUGCCCCUGGAAGGAAUACCGAUCUGAUGCGAACAAAGUAUAUUAUCAUAAUGUGGCCACGAAGGAAACAUGCUGGGAGCCCCCACCAGAGUAUCUGGACAUGAAGACCAAGGCUAAGGCCGAGGAAGCAGCCGCUGCGGCCAAAGCUGUGGCUGCCAUGACGUCUUCAAGUCUGGCGGGAAUGGUACCUCAUGUGGCAUUAGCAAAUAUAUUGCCAGCUGCGUUACCCGCAGCGCCGCGCAUACCCACACCCGAGAUUCACUCGCCCCUGACACCGAGCAGCAAUGAGAACAGCUCCUCAGCAAUGGAUCAGGCCAUGGCUGCCACACUGGCGGCCAUCGAAGUGCCCCAACAGAAUUCUAAGAGAGAUGACAAAUCCGGAGAGAAUGCCGCGCUUAUGUUUAAGGACAAGCGUGAGGCGAUUGAGGCAUUCAAAGAGCUGCUGCGAGAUCGGAAUGUGCCCUCGAAUGCCAAUUGGGACCAGUGCGUUAAAAUCAUAUCAAAGGAUCCGCGUUAUAAUGCCUUCAAAACGCUGAACGAACGCAAACAAACCUUUAAUGCCUACAAGACACAAAAGCUGAAGGAUGAGCGUGAGGAGUCGCGACUGAAGGCCAAAAAGGCUAAGGAGGAUUUGGAACAGUUUCUUAUGUCCAGCGAUAAGAUGAACUCGCAAAUGAAAUACUUUCGCUGUGAAGAGGUUUUUGCAAGCAAUCGAACGUGGACAACGGUGCCAGAACCGGAUCGACGCGAUAUCUAUGAGGAUUGCAUUUUCAACUUGGCCAAGCGUGAGAAGGAGGAGUCCCGUUUGCUCAAGAAACGUAACAUGAAAGUACUGGGAGAACUGCUAGAAUCAAUGACCUCCAUUACAUACGCCAGCACGUGGUCAGAGGCGCAGGUAAUGCUGCUGGACAAUGCGGCAUUUAAAAAUGAUGUAACGCUGCUCGGCAUGGACAAGGAGGAUGCGCUUAUUGUGUUCGAGGAGCACAUACGUACUCUCGAGAAAGAGGAGGAGGAAGACCGAGAACGCGAAAAGAAGCGUUUAAAGCGACAGCAGCGUAAGAAUCGCGACGGUUUUCUAGCCUUACUCGAUUCGCUGCAUGAGGAAGGCAAACUCACCUCCAUGUCGCUGUGGGUGGAGCUGUAUCCCAUCAUAUCCGCGGACAUACGCUUUUCCGCCAUGCUAGGACAGAAUGGCUCCACGCCACUAGAUCUUUUCAAGUUUUAUGUGGAGAACUUGAAGGCUCGUUUCCACGAUGAGAAGAAAAUAAUACGCGAAAUUCUCAAAGAGAAACAGUUUGUCGUUCAGGCCAAGACAUCCUUCGAAGACUUUGCCACGGUUGUGUGUGAAGAUAAACGAUCCGCCAGCUUGGAUGCCGGCAAUGUCAAGCUGACCUACAACUCGUUACUGGAGAAGGCUGAGACCAUUGAAAAGGAGCGCAUGAAGGAAGAAGUGCGACGACUUCGCAAAUUGGAGAAUGAAAUCAAAAACGAAUGGUUAGAGGCAAAUGUUUCCGUCGGAGAGCCCUAUGAGAGCGCAAAGAAAUUAGUUGAGCACCUGGAGGCAUUUGCACUGUAUGAGAAAGAUAUUGGAGUUGAAAAGAUUUGGGAGGACUUUAUUAAAGAAAGCGAAGAUGCCUGCAGUCAUCAUCAUUCUCGAUCGCGCAAAUCGAAAAAGAAUAAAAAGCAUAAAAAACGCAUACGUUCCACCUCCAGAUCGGAUAUAGAAAACGAGCUUGUGGAACUGGAAAAGUCCAAAAAGCGACGCUCGAAAUCACGCUCAAAUUCGCUUAGUUCGAUUGGCAGUAUUGAGAGUGAAAAACUGCUUAAAAAGAAGAAAAAGCGUAAAAACAAAUCGCGUGCUUCCUCUUGCGAAUCUGAACUUGGCAAUCAAUCUCCAAGCAUGGGAGCUGCUCUGCAACAAAAUGAUUCCAAUUCGCAUUCACCGUCAAAAAAGAAGAAAAAAGAGAAGCGCUCCAAAAAAGAUAAGGAAGCGAAACGGCAUCGAAACAUCCGAUCCACAACACCUAUCAGUCCCGCCGCUCUAUCAGAUUCGGCGACAUCCAGGAAUGAAGAGCUUACGCUAAGCGACGGUGAACUGGAGUCAAAACGUGCCGCACUCCUGGCACAACUCAAUGAACAAUUAGAUGAAUGACCAGUUAAGGUGAUGAGGUCAACAGCUAAAUAACAACAAAAGCAGUUAGCAUUAGUUCAGCUAUAGCCAUAACAUAGACAGUGUGCGCAUUGCACCCAAGUUGUAUACAUAAAUGCGUUCAACAAUCUCCAAAUCUGUGGACAAGUUGCAACGUACAUCUUCUAGCGCACAUCUCUAUUUUGCUUUGCUCUGGAAUACUUGACCAUAGCAGAAUCAUCCACACAGGCAACAAAUGUAAGUUUUUUGACAGCGAUAAGUUUGAAUGUAAAGAAAUUACAAUAUUAUUAUAAGUGAACAACAAAAUAAUAUUAUUUGCACUUUGUGUGACUACAAAACCAA